GUUUAGUACGCCCUUCCAUAUAUUUCAAAUGGAGUGUUCACAGUUUGCUAGUUUUGCGCUCACUGUACGCAGUUUGCAGCGUUACGCGCGCCGACUAUCUUAGUGAGCGGCCGACUCCCACCAAAACCGGUUCCAGUCGGCGGCGGCGAUUGGUUGUUCGCCGUGCGUAGUGACUCAGUUUGCCGCAAACUGAUUAUUCGGAUAGUUGGAAAAAAGCUAUCAUCGUGUUAGGACGUGUUUUUUUGCAUCGCACCUAACUAAUCUCAACGCACACACACAUCACUGAAAAUCCAAGAUGUCUUUUGAUACGGAAAGGUUCAUUAGUGAAAUACAGAAUAGACCAUGCAUAUGGAACAUGUCGAGUGAAGAAUACAGCAACAGAGUAUUAAAGCAGAGCAAUUGGAAUGAAGUCGCUGAUAUUAUAUACGAUGAUUGGCAAAACUUAGAAGAAAACACUAAACAAAAAAGAAUAAAAGACCUACAAAAAAAAUGGAAGGGUUUGCGCGACUAUCACACCAGAGAAAAAAAUAAGGAUUCCUCAGUCAAAAGCGGAAGUGGGGCAACAAAAAAACGCAAGACACCAUACUUGGACAUGUUACACUUUUUAAAUGUUUCUAGAGCUAGUAACCAGACAUCUGGCAAUAUUAGCGCCGAGACAUCUAGCGACAGUAGCGCUAUUUUAGAUGAAAAUGAUUCUACUGACUCGGUAGUUAAUGUCAGUAGACCAAAAAAGAUGACUGUGUUUCAAGAAGCACUAAUUAACUCGAUGGAAAAAAAAAGAGAAAACGAUCCAGAUAUGAACUUUCUAUUAAAUAUUUUACCGGAAAUGAAGACAAUGUCCCCAACACAGAAUUUUGAAUUUCGGUUCGAAGUGAUGAAAAUUAUUAAAAAUAUAAAAUAUAGUGUACAUAAUAAUUAUGACAGUGGUAUGAUGCAAAGUGGAUGGACGAAUGCCUACCAGUACCCACAUCAGUUUGGCUAUGCGAGUGGAAGCAGCAGUACACCAAAUGUGCAAAACUACCCUCGAAACAGUCCAUCACAUAGCUCUACAGGUUCUUCAGCGGAAGUAGAAGACAUAGAAGCAAUAUUGCGAAGCGAUUCAAACCACAUUGAAGAUGAGGAAUGACUGGUUACCAACUUAAUGUUACCAUAUUUGUUCCUAAUUCAAUUUAAUCAUACAGUAAUUUUGAAAAGUGAUUGUUAAAUUAAAAACUAUAAAUGCGAAAGUGAUUUUGUAUUAAAAUAAAAAUAACAUAUUUUUUUAAAA